AUGAAGAAGCUGUGUGCUUUCACUAUUUCCUUCUUAUUCUUGAAGUUUUCUUUCAUCUUGUGCAGUUUGACUGAACCCAAGUGCUUUUGGAGAAUAAAAAAUAAUGAAGAUAAUUAUGGAGAUUUUCGAAGUGACUGUGGUUUUGUUCUUUUCACACAUGAGGGACCUAUAGAAAAAAACUUUUAUAAUAAUGUUAUCAAUUUUAGAAUACCAACAAGAAGAUAUGAGUUGUUUUUGGUAAUGUUUUUUGCUACUGAUGAGAUCAACAAGAACCCUUAUCUUUUACCCAACAUGUCUUUGGUAUUCUCUGUCAUUGUUGGCAUGUGUCACAAUAUAUCAGAAGUUCUGGAUACAGUAAAUUCACCACAACAAAAGACUUUUAAAUUCAUUAAUUAUAACUGCAGAUUUUGGCAAGCAUGUGAUGUACAACUUACGGGACCAUCAGGGGCACUAUCCAUAAAACUGACAAUUACUUCUAGGACACCAAAGGUUUUCUUUGGACCAUUUAAUCCUAACCUGAGUGACCAUGACCAGUUUCCUUAUGUCUAUCAAAUAGCAAACAAGGACAUGUGUUUAUCCCAUGCCAUGGUCUCCUUGAUGCUUUACUUUAGAUGGACUUGGAUAGGACUGGUCAUCUCAGAUGAUGACCAGGGUAUUCAGUUUCUCUUAGACUCAACAGAAGAAAUGAAAAAACAUGGGAUCUGUUUGGCUUUUGUGAAUGUGAUCCCAGAAAACAUGCACACAUACAUGGCAAGGGCUAAUAUAUAUGACAAACAAAUUAUGACAUCAACAGCAAAGGUUGUUAUUAUUUAUGGUGAAAUGAACUCCACUCUAGAAGUCAGCUUUAGAAGAUGGGGAUAUUUAGGUGCACAGAGAAUCUGGAUCACAACCUCACAAUGGGAUGUCAUCAUAAAUAAAAGAGAUUUCAGCCUUGAUUUCUUCCAUGGGACUGUCACUUUUGCCCACCACACUGGAGAGAUUGCUAAAUUUAGCAAUUUUAUACAAACAAUGAACACUUCCGAAUAUCCUAUAGACAUUUCUCAGUCUAUGCUGGAGUGGAAUUAUUUUAACUGUUCAAUCUCUAAGAACAGUAUUAACAAAAUGGGACAUUUUACAAUCAACAACACAGUAGAAUGGUUAACACAGCACAAAUUUGACAUGGCCCUGAGUGAGGAGGGAUACAAUUUGUAUAAUGCUGUUUAUGUUGUGGCCCACACCUACCAUGAACUCAUUCUUCAACAAGUAGAAUCUCAGGAAAUGGUAAGCCACAAAGGAAUAUUCCCUGACUGUCAGCAGGUGGCUUCCUUGUUGAAGAACAGGAUAUUUAUUAAUCCUGUUGGAGAACUGGUGAACAUGAACCAUAGGGAAAAUCGGUGUGCAGAGUAUGACAUUUUCAACAUUUGGAAUUUUCCUCAAGGCUUUGGAUUAAAAGUGAAAAUAGGAGGCUAUUUUCCUUGUUUCCCACAGAGCCAACAGCUUCAUGUAUCUGAAGACUUGGAGUGGGCUUCAGGAGGAACUUCGGUUCCCACCUCCAUGUGUAGCAUGACCUGUGCUGCAGGAUUCAUGAAAAUUCAUCAGAAACAGACUGCGGACUGCUGCUUUGAUUGUGUCCCGUGUCCAGAAAAUGAGGUUUCCAAUGAGACAGCAGAUAUGGAGCACUGUGUGAGGUGUCCAGAUGAUAAAUAUGCUAACUUAGAGCAGACCUACUGCCUCCAAAGAGCUGUGACAUAUCUGGCUUAUGAAGAUCCAUUGGGGAUGGCUCUAGGCUGCGUGGCCCUGUCCUUCUCAGCCAUCACAAUUCUAGUACUAGUUACUUUUGUGAAGUACAAGGAUACUCCCAUUGUGAAAGCCAAUAACUGUAUUCUCAGCUACAUCCUGCUCAUCUCUCUAGUCUUCUGUUUUCUUUGCUCAUUGUUCUUCAUUGGACAUCCCAACCAGGCCACCUGCAUCCUGCAACAGACCACAUUUGGAGUAUUUUUCACUGUGGCUAUUUCUGCAGUUUUGGCCAAAACAAUAACUGUGGUCAUGGCUUUCAAGCUCACUACUCCAGGGAGAAGGAUGAGAGGGAUGCUGGCCUCAGGGGCACCUAACUUUGUCAUUCCCUUUUGUACUCUAAUCCAACUUGUUCUCUGUGGAAUCUGGUUGGUAAUAUCUCCUCCCUUUAUUGACAGAGAUAUACAUUCUGAACAUGGGAAGACCAUCAUUAUUUGUAACAAAGGCUCAGUCAUUGUUUUUCACUUUGUCCUGGGAUAUUUGGGCUCCUUGGCUCUGGGGAGCUUCACUGUGGCUUUCUUGGCUAGGAACCUUCCUGACAGAUUCAAUGAAGCCAAGUUCCUAACUUUCAGCAUGCUAGUGUUCUGCAGUGUCUGGAUUACUUUCCUCCCUGUCUACCAUAGCACCAUGGGGAAAGUCAUGGUGGUCGUGGAGGUCUUUUCCAUCUUGGCUUCUAGUGCAGGAUUGCUAGGGUGUAUCUUUGUCCCAAAGUGUUAUGUUAUUUUAGUUAGACCAGAUUCAAAUUUUCUGCAGAAAUACAAAGAUAAAUUGCCUUAUUGA